UAUACUUUUGACUCACUUAUCUAAUGAUCAAACAUCAAUCAUUCAAUCAACCAGCCACUAGACCAAACCUACCUGUCAAGAUAUACAUGAGAAACUCAUAUCAAUAAAUACAAAUAUAUAAAAGAACUUCACCAUAACUUCAUCCCCACAAUGCCAAAGAGAACUCUGAUAUAUAUCAUCAUAACUAUCUUUUAGGCUUUUAGAUUUUUGAUAGAUAUCAAAAUCUUCCCAUUGGUCCACUUGCUCUUUUUCCCCUUGUCUUUUUCCAAUAUUUUCUCCUCACAUUUAGUAUGUAAAAGGAAGAGGAAAACAAAGCAAAAAGAGCAACAAAAAAAAAAGGGAAAUCCAUGUUAUGUUAUCUCACUUUCUUUGUCUAGAAAUUUCCUUGCCCAUACCCUUUUUUGUACAAAAAAAUUUUAAUAAAAAACCCUUAUUAAAGAAAUAAAGUCCUAAAUUUAAUUGGUCUAACUUAAAUCUUUUUUCUUUGUUGGGUAUCUUUCAAUAUAUUCCUUUUUUACUCAAAAUAUAAAUUGAAAGUUCAUACUUUUUUUAGCUCAUAAUAUUACACUUUCUAAGAUUUUUCAUACCCACAAAAAUAAAUUAGGAAAAAUGAAGAUUCAAUGUGAUGUUUGUGAGAAACAAGAGGCUAUAGUGUUUUGUACAGCAGAUGAAGCAGCACUUUGUGAAGGGUGUGAUUAUAAGGUGCACCAUGCCAACAAGCUUGCUAGCAAACAUGCUCGUUUUUCUCUUCUUCUUCCUUCUUUCAAAGAUGCUCCUCUUUGUGAUAUUUGCCAAGAGAAAAGGGCAUUCUUGUUUUGCAAAGAAGACAGGGCAAUAUUAUGCAGAGAAUGUGACAUACCAAUACACAAAACAAAUGAACACACACAAAGUCACAAUAGAUUUCUUCUAACUGGUGUUAAACUCUCAGCUUCAUCAGCUACAUACCCUACUACUUCUCGUUCGUCUACCUCGUCCGGGCCGAAUUCCAUGUCACAAACUAGAUCAUCAGUUACAAUAUCUAGCUAUGAUCAUGACAUGUUUAACCAACACAACACAACCCCAUCAUCAACAACGACAACAACGACGACGACAAAUUAUGAUCAAAUUAAUGAAGAGGGUAUAUCAGAAUACCUAAUGGAGACUUUACCUGGUUGGAGAGUAGAAGAUUUGCUUGACUCUUCUUCAGCUUCCCAUAAUUUUUGUAAGAUUUCUGACUACACAAAUAUAAAUCCAGUAAACACAAAGCAACAAGUUGAGGAAAGUAUGGGUGGAUUUGGUUCAGAAAGUAAUUCAGUAAUGUGGGAACUUCAUCAACAAGCUCAUAAUGUUGGACCACUUGUUUCUUCCCAUAUUCCUACUAACUUUCAUCAGAGAUAAUUUUUCACAUUUUAUGGGAGCCCAUCAACAUGAUAUAAAGGUGUCUCCUACUGUCAAGAAAAUGCUGCAAUUUUGAUUCUUCAAGAAAAACUAGAAAAAGAAAUCAUGCAAUUGUACAUUAUCUCAAUUUCCCAUUAUAUAUCACAUAUUUAAAAAUUAUUUUUGCU